AUGGGCGGUAAAAGUAGUAAACCAUCGAAAGUUGAUCGGACAAAGGUUGAGGAAUUGGAGAGACAACAAAAAAUCCUGAUGAAGCAGAAUGCAGAUUUGGCGAAGCGUUUUGCAGAGCAAGAGGAAGAAAAUCAGCGAAAACAUCAAGAAAACGUUGAGGAGAUGGCCAAAAUGAUUCUGAUGAUGGCAAUGCAAGCUGGAGCACACGAAACUGUUAUAAAGAAAGAAAGCCGAGAGAUCGACAUCGAUGGAGUCACCUAUGAACUUAUGGAAUUCGUCAACCGCGGCGGUUUUGGAGAAAUUCACAAAGGGAAAGUCAAAGGUAAGGGCACAGUCGUUGCCAUCAAAGUCAUGGAUUAUACUCCGGCAUUCGAGCAAGAACUGAAAAAUGAAAUCGAAUUUCUGCGUUUGAUGAAAAAGAUUCCCAUUAAUAAUCAUCCAGUUAUCGAAUACUACGGAAGUAAGCUAACCAAAGAAGGUAUUUUUAUUGCAAUGGAACUUGCAGCAUGUGAUCUUGCAACUUUUUGGAUCAGUAAAAUUAAUGAAGGUGAUGCCCAGGAACUCGCUAUUAUCGGAAUGAUCAUUAUCCUUUAUGUUCUACGGGCAUUGACAUUUCUGGAAAAAUUAAACAUUAUUCACGGGGAUAUUAAACCACAGAAUCUCGUCAUCGUCCCCAAUGAGAAAAGCUUCUCGAUCAAACUGAUCGACUUCGGUACUGUUGAGAAGAUGAAUACGCGUGUUGCACAAAUGACGGUGGAUGUAACCAAAGGUUUUACAUUGUAUUUCGUCUCGCCGGAGUUCUUAAAACGCAACUCAAAAAAUCUAAUUUGCAGACAUUUACACAAGAAGUCAGAUGCGUGGGCAGCCGGUGUGAUGUUCUAUUUACUGUUUUGCGGAGGUAUACCAUGGGACGAUCAGCAAGAUUAUGAAAAUUUUUGUAACGAUCCAGACGCAAGAGAUCCUGUCGUACCGGAUAUUGGUGGUUAUAAAGCUAUCAUUGAGCUCUUAUUAAAGAAAAAUCCCGAAAAAAGAUCAAGUUCUAAAGCAACAUUACUACAAUUGCAAGCCCAUCCAGUUUUCGGAAAGCUUGUUGAAGCCUUACGCCCAAAUUUUGGCCCAGUGGAUGAUGUGUGUAAUAUGAGAGUACCAAACGAUGUUCGUCAAGGCUUAUUGAGACUUGCGCGACCUGGCCAUGUUGCUAGUGAUGAUUCACCAGGGUCAACGUCUGGAGUACGCAUGUCUUGUCGAUACGGUCGAAAUUGUACCAGAAAUGACACUGAUCAUCAGCAGAAAUUCGCACAUCCAGGUGAUUCUGAUUAUCGUGCACCACAAGCUGGUGCAGAAGGAGGCAAACCAGCGUGUCGUUAUGGAGCCGACUGCUUUCGCAAAGAUCCAGAUCAUCUUGAAAGAUAUUCACAUCCGGCAAAAUGUCGCUACGGCUCUGAUUGCUAUAAUAAUGAUCCCGAUCACCGCAAACAGUUUGCUCAUUCUAUGAAAGAUACGAGUCGUACCGUUCGUUCUGAAAAACCAAGAUGUCGGUUCAAUGAAAGCUGUACGAAGCGAUCCGAUCGUGAACAUAUGAAAAGCUUUUUACACGAUUAA